GCAGUGAGGGGCGGGCGCUGGCGGCCGGCAUCCGCCCUGGGACGGACGGCUGAUACCGAAGGGUCUUCCCGGGUUCUGGACGCGCUCGGGAAACCCUGGUUCAUGUCAGGCCUGGGGGGACCCUGCGGUGCGCGGCUGCGUGCGGGGCGUGCUCUGCUGCUGCCGGGCGGCUUCCCGGUGCUGCGGCUGGAGCGUGCGGGUACGGGUGGUGAUCUGUAGCGUGCCGUCGCUGCUCUGGGAAAGGUGUGCCGCUGGCAGCUGGUUUUGCACGGGGUCACUAAAUCCCCGCGUAGUUCUGUCUCAUAGAACGUAACGGUGUCAUUUCUGUCCUCCCACGUUUCCGCUCGGAGUGGAAGCUCCAAGUUUCGCUUACGUUGGAAACCCACUUCCGUGCUUACACUGGACUCGUUCGGGUUGGAGAAGACCUGAGAUCCCCGACCCGCCCGUACCGCGCGGGCAACAGACAGGAGCUGGUUAAGUAAGCUCUGUAGCCCACGGGAAAGGAUCUUGAGCAUUCUGUUGCUAUCGAUUGUGAGUGCUUCCAGCCACGGUGUGUGGUGCUUGAGGGAAAAAGCUUAAAAUUUGAAUUUUAACACAACCACCUUUGUGAAAAUGUCAGUGAGGUGUAGUUACCACACUUCCUUUCUGUGUGAAAUUAAGUGGUACAUGAAAUCAUUAGGUGUUCCUGGAUUUGUUUAAUUUGACAAAGAUUACAACUGUCUUUGUAAGGCCUUGCUACUUACUGUGUGUUUUCUUACAUAUUUUCUCAAAGCAGCAUCCUGUUCUGCAAAAAUAUUGUCAUCCAUUUGCUUUUCUAGAGAAAACUUGUUUAUUGCAAGCCGCUUGCUAUUACACCUAUGUUAUCCUCAGCACAAUGUUUUUGUGCUUUAUUAUGUGUUCCCUUAUUCUUGUUCUGUUGCUGUUGUGCAGGUACUAUAUUUCCAAAGGUGCAGUAGUGGAUCAGCUAGGUGGAGACUUGAAUUCAACUCCCCUUCACUGGGCCAUCAGGUGUGCUGCUUGCCAUUUCCCAUAAUAAAUCUGCUGGUCUUAACAGUAGUGUUUUGUGUAACUGUUGUUGUUGUUGUUGUCAUUGUAUAACCAAGAUGUUAUAAUUGCAAUAUAAUCAAAAGAGUAAGGCAAAGCAAACAGGGAUCACAAAAGAGAAUAAGUAGAAGAGCUUACCCUUGGGUUGAGCUCACUAGAAGAUAUCAAAGAGGAGGAUCUCCAGAAGAGAUCCUUCCCCUCUGGUAGCCAGCUCUUAAAUAGGUCCAGGAGGGGUGGAGCCUGGCUCCACCCCUUCCGGCAGCACAGGUGAAUUGCCUUCACCUGUGCUCCUCUGGCUGACUCAUGGCUCACCUCAGGUGAUCAAUCAGAGGUUCAGGCCGUGACUCAGCAGUUGCCAUACAUGUCAUCUUAAAUGAAUUGAUGGUGUGUGUUUCCUUUGCUGAGUUACACAGAACUUGACAGCAUGUCCAUAAUUACACUGAAAUCUGUUCUCUGAUUCUUGGCAACUUUGCAGGCCGCCAGGUUGUGUUAUGCAUGCAUCUGUGCUUCAGGCAGACCUGCAUUUUGAACUUUUCCCAGGGCAUUGCUGGUCAGACUUGGAUUCUUGGGUCCUACCUAAUUCUCUGAUACAGACCUUCCGCUUAAAGAAAAAAUUAUAAAGUUUUCUUCAUGGAAUUUUAAGAACCAGAGAUGAUUUUUCUAAAAGAGUGUCUAAGAAUUGUGAAGGUGACGCUUUCAUUAAGAUUUCAAGCUUUCUGUUAUGGCUGUAGUCUCAUAUAUCAUUACAGACAAGGACACCUACCCAUGGUCACCUUAUUGUUGAAGUGUGGAGCAGAUCCCAGCCUUAUUGAUGGGGAAGGAUUCAGCAGCAUUCAUUUGGCAGUGCUGUUUCAACACGUGCCCAUUGUAGCUUACGUCAUAUCAAAGGGCCAGGUACGUUGCCACUGUCCCAGGUGUUAUUUUCUGCUCAGAAGUAGCUGGUUGUGCUCUGAAAAUGCUUUGUGGAAUUUAAAUGUUAUCUCCUAAAGUACAAGCAUGUAUUUGGUAUUUCCCUGUGCUAUACGUGCUACAUUUAAAUAAUUAUGUGUUGAUACAUGAUCGUAUUUUGUUCUUUUAAUGAACCAGUUUUAUGUACUUGAACAUUCAGUUAUGCACUUUAUUCCUUUACACAAGGGAGAUAUUUACUGUUGCUUUCCUAAGUGGAAUUUACAGUAUUUUUUUAUCAAGAGGGGACAGGAAAUACUGUUAGUGGAAGGAAUUCUGUAGAUGUAUUUGAUUAAUUUGAAGUCACUUUAAUGGGCACUCAGCAUAUCCUGAAAUGAAUGCUGUUCAAGACCCAUGGAAGGAAAACAAAUUGUUUAAAUUGGCUUCCUGGCAGGUACAAUUUAGUUUCCUCUUGCUGCUGUGGUGUGGCUGCGUAGCUAAGAAUCUGACCAUUUAACUUUGUUUACUGAAAUCCAUGAUCAUCACUUCCUAUCUUUUUCUUAUUCCUAGAACAUAGGCACAGCAGACUUCAGCGGACUUACGCCUUUAAUGUUAUCAGCACAACAAGUGGUGGGCUAAGUGGGGAAUAACUUUUAAAAGAAUCUGUUGUCCUCUCAUUCCUGGAUGCAGUGCUGAAUCUUUUCUUCUGGUUCUGUCACUCUUGUUAGAGUGACAUUUUUUUCUCUUUUGCUUGUUGUAAAAUAUUACGUAUCCAAGACAUAGGAGAUGAUGAAGCAGCUAACUUGGUACAGUAAAGAAAGACCCACCCCCAAAAGAGCUAUCUUAAAGUAGUUUAGGUUUGCAGCUGGACCAGCUAGUGUAUCAUUGUGCUUUCCUAGAAAUGAAGGUGAAAUGAAGGAUGAGUUCUGUUUUCUAAGCUUGGCUCUGUUGCUGAUGAGCUUGUUGAGAGACAACACGUUUGUAUCUGCUGUUACUUUGCUGCAGAUGCUAGCAAUGUUUUUUGUUAAUAAAGUGUACAAAAGAUUCCAAUGCAGCUGAUGUUCUGUUUGUUAACUCUGUUUUCAUCUAGACCAGAGCCCACAAGAUUUCUACUAAAGUUUAACCCCUCCCUCAGUGCUGUGGACAACGUCCAGAAGAACACUGCUGCAGUAACAUCAGGAAAUGUUAGUGCAGUGGAGCUACUGCUAGAAGCUGGUGCUAACAUGGACAUUAAAACUGUCAAGGGAGAGACAGCGCUUGACCUUGCAAUUCGAACUCAGAAUCGCUUCGUCAUUUAUAUGUUAAUGGAGGAAGGAAGAAUGAGAAGCAGAAGGAAUAACAGGUUACUGAGAAUGAUGGAGAAAUACGAGCUGUUCCUGCUGCUGGCGUCUUGCUUGACUGUGUUGUGGGCCAUAGGAUACGUAAUGAACUUAAGUUCUGAUUCUUGGCUUUUGAAAGGAUGCCUGCUUCUCUUUCUGCUGGUUGGGAUGGCCCAGUUUGUGAGGCAGUCUGUGGGAGUCAAGAAUCUGAGGUAUCUUCCUACAGCACUGAUGCUAAGUUCUGUCUUUUGGAUGUCUGUGACGUGGUUUUUCUGGUUCAUGCCUGAUGUGACCAAUGCCAUUGUUGAGAUCCCUGUCAUGUUCAGCCUAGUGGGUCGUCUUUAUUUUUUCUAUAAAGCCUGGAGGACUGAUCCUGGAUAUAUUAAGUCUUCAGAAAAAGAUAAAAAAGAGAACAUUGCAGCUCUAGCAGAAGCAGGGUGCUUGGACUUCAGAACAUUCUGCACGUCAUGUCUUGUAAGGAAGCCCUUGAGAUCUGUGCACUGCGUUCCUUGUGAUUCACGUGUAGCCAGAUAUGAUCAGCAUUCUCUGUGGAUUGCACAGUGCAUAGACUGAGCAUCAGAGAUGUUCAAAGGAGGUUAGAAGAACAAGAGUGUGGAGCAGAUGACUUUCUAUGGUUGCUUGGGCAAUCCAGUGUGACUCUAUUGCCAAGUAUGCUCAUACUUAUUUAUCACAACUUCCCUAUAUUAGUAGCGGUCAGCGUAUUUCUCCAAAUACAUUUGUUUGAUCUCUUGCUGUUGUCAAAUUGUGCCCAAUUUCAGUAUUCUCUAGGAUUCUCAAUAGUUCAGCCUAGGAUAUAAAAACUUAGCAUAUCUCCUGGAGCUCUUUCCAAGAAAUCUGCAAGAUUUGUUGAUCUGAGGAGAAUAUCUGUGUGUAAUUCAGCAUGAAUGCGUUCAUCUUCUGUGUUAUUAAAGUAUAGGGGAAGCAUCACUUUUGAAGUCUUAGUGGCAGGAAAACCAACUAGGACCAUGAUCUUUAAAGAUCUGUCUGUAUCUUUGUUAUUAAGCAUGCAGCAACACAAAUCACGAUGGUAAUAUGGGUCUACAAGGA